UCUAUUUUCUAAUAUGGCAAUAUUUUUGCGGAAUAAACAGUUGAUAGUCUGUCUCCUAGUUUGGAAACCUCGUUUCGCCUGCGCUCUUUAUGCGCAUCUCGGCUUUCCAUGCUGACGUUCAGAAACUCUCAACCCGAGCCAGUUCAUUGCAUACUGGGAAGGCAGACGUCUCGCUUUCUUUAUUUACUACUAGCUAGCUAGGUGUAUUAUUAUAUGCCGGCCGUAAAGUAGGUACUAAACACUGUGGUUGGCAAUAAUGCUUACUUUUGCAACCACAUAAUAGGUAUCGGGACACCUCUAAGAAGAAAUGGCGGAGGCAGAAGCCAUCAGCAAUGCCACUCCCACUGAGGAGAUGAACGGUUCAGGGAACUUAAUGGACUUUCUCGAUGAACCCAUCCCUGAUGUGGGGAUGUACGAAGACUUCCACACCAUUGACUGGCUCCGUGAGAAAUCCAGAGACACUGAUCGCCACAGGAAGAUCACGAGCAGGAGUAAGGAGUCUAUCUGGGAGUUUGUGAAGAGCCUGCUGGAUGCCUGGUCCGGAUGGGUGGUGAUGCUUCUCAUAGGACUCCUGUCAGGGACUCUGGCGGGGGUGAUAGACCUGGCCGUGGACUGGAUGACAGACCUGAAAGAGGGCGUGUGUCUGUUUGCGUUCUGGUACAGCCACGAGCAGUGCUGCUGGACGUCCAACGAGACCACCUUCGCCGACAGGGACAAGUGCCCUCAGUGGCAAAAGUGGGCUGAGCUGAUGACAGGACACACCGAGAGUGCUGGGGCGUAUGUGUUGAACUAUUUCCUGUACGUGCUGUGGGCGCUGUUCUUCUCCUUUCUGGCCGUGUCUCUGGUGCGGGUGUUUGCUCCAUAUGCCUGUGGCUCAGGUAUCCCAGAGAUUAAAACAAUUCUAAGCGGGUUUAUAAUCCGCGGCUACCUGGGAAAGUGGACCCUGCUGGUCAAGACGGUCACUCUGGUUCUUGUGGUGUCGUCUGGGCUCAGUCUGGGGAAGGAGGGCCCUCUGGUGCAUGUGGCCUGUUGCUGCGGAAACCUCUUCUGCAGCCUUUUCUCAAAGUACAGCAAGAAUGAGGGCAAGCGCAGAGAGGUUUUAUCAGCAGCGGCCGCAGCUGGGGUUUCCGUAGCGUUUGGGGCUCCAAUCGGAGGAGUGCUUUUCAGCUUAGAGGAGGUGAGUUACUACUUCCCGCUGAAAACGCUGUGGCGCUCCUUCUUCGCGGCCCUGGUGGCCGCCUUCACGCUGCGCUCCAUCAAUCCGUUCGGCAACAACCGCCUGGUGCUUUUCUACGUGGAGUACCACACGCCGUGGUACAUGGCCGAGCUGGUGCCCUUCAUCCUGCUGGGCGUGUUCGGCGGCCUGUGGGGCACGCUCUUCAUCCGCGGCAACAUCGCGUGGUGCCGGCGGCGGAAGAUGACGCGGCUGGGAAGGUACCCCGUGCUGGAGGUGAUCGCCGUGACGGGGAUCACGGCCAUCCUGGCCUUCCCCAACCCCUACACGCGACGCAGCACCAGCCAGCUCAUCUCCGAGCUGUUCAACGACUGCGGCGCGCUGGAGUCCUCGCAGCUGUGCGACUACAUCAACAACCCCAACAUGAGCCGGCCGGAGGACGACAUUCCCGACCGGCCGGCCGGCCCGGGGGUUUACAGCGCCCUCUGGCAGCUGGCCCUGGCGUUGAUUUUUAAGAUGGUCAUCACUAUCUUCACCUUUGGCAUGAAGAUCCCAUCAGGGCUCUUCAUCCCUAGUAUGGCGGUGGGAGCAAUAGCCGGUCGAAUCAUGGGCAUCGCUGUGGAGCAGAUGGCUUAUCAUCACCACGACUGGAUUAUCUUUAAGAACUGGUGCCGUCCUGGAGCCGACUGUGUCACGCCCGGCCUCUACGCCAUGGUAGGAGCUGCAGCAUGUCUCGGCGGCGUCACCCGGAUGACGGUUUCUCUGGUAGUCAUCAUGUUCGAGCUGACGGGCGGCCUGGAGUACAUCGUGCCGCUCAUGGCCGCCGCCGUUACCAGCAAGUGGGUGGCGGACGCCUUUGGCAAGGAGAGCAUCUACGAGGCGCACAUCCGGCUGAACGGCUACCCCUACCUGGACCAGGACGAGUUCACGCACCGGACGCUCGCCACGGACGUGAUGCGUCCGCGUCGCAACGAGCCGCCGCUGGCGGUCCUCACGCAGGACAGCACCACCGUGGAGGACGUGGAGACGCUCAUCAAGGAGACGGACUACAACGGCUUCCCCGUGGUCGUCUCGCGCGAGUCCGAGAGGCUCAUUGGCUUUGUCCAGCGCAGGGAUCUGACCCUGGCCAUCAGAAACGCCCGUCAGAAGCAGGACGGCGUGGUGAGCAGUUCGGUGGUCUACUUCACGGAGGAGCCUCCAUGCCUGGCUGCCUCGCACCCACAGCCGCUGAAGCUGCGCCGCAUCCUCAACCUCAGCCCCUUCACCGUCACCGACCACACGCCCAUGGAGACAGUGGUGGACAUCUUCCGCAAGCUGGGUCUGCGCCAGUGCCUCGUCACGCGCAGCGGGCGGCUGCUCGGGAUCAUCACUAAGAAGGACGUGCUACGACACAUGGCUCAAAUGACGAACCAGGACCCCGAGUCCAUAAUGUUCAACUAGAGCUCUCUCCAUCUCUGAGCCUCCACCCCUACAGACCAGUAACCCUAAGGACUGCUCACGUAAAUAGUGCAACACCACUGUAUCUUGUGAAGUAUUCAUUCCUAUAGAACUACAAUGGCAACCUCCCCCCCCCCCCCAUGUGUUUUCUGUCAAAACAAAAUCUGAAUCUCAACGGAAUAACUUUGCACGAUGAGACUGGCAACAUUUUGAGGUAAACAGUUGGUUUUCCACACCAGGUAUAAUGUUUUUUUCUUUUGUGUGUGUGACUGUUUUGUAGCUUGCUUCUUAUUACACAUAUGUCCUCCAUCAGUGCAUUCUUCAGCUACAGAAGACACUGGCUCUUCCAGAAAAGGUUAAAGGAGGCUGAAAGCUAGCGUAACAAAGAUAAAAGGUCACAUCAGAAGUUGAGUCUUUCCUGAUCAUAUCUUAAAGAUAAGCAGUGUGUUUCCUGUGCUAGGACCCUGAAGAGUCAGCAUUGUUUUUGCAUCUUAUUGAAAGACUGUGGGCUGUAUAUCAGAGGUGUCAUGCGCUUUUGUUAACAGCAUGGCCUUUCUAAUUUGCCAGUACAUCGAGUACACAAAAGCCAAGUGUUCCUAGUCAUGUUUGUUUUGAAAGUCUUGUAAGUUGAUCUAACUGCUGUUGCAAUAUUUAUUUUUAACUAAUCAUUUUGCAAAAUUGCAGCUUUGCAAUCAUUUGAAAUGUUAUGAGGGACUUUGAUGCUAUUAAAAUGAACAAGACUGCUGCAGCUCUUUAACGGGGAAUUGAACACUUUAGGUUUACUUUGGUAGUGAUGCAGCUGCUGUGUAGACUAGGAAACCACCACUUUGUUUUGAAGUGACUUAGAUUUGAUGUGUCAGCUUUACUGACAGAGUAAGGCAUGCAUGUAAAAUAGAGAUCACUUUAAAUGAUUAGUAUCUCACUGUCUGCACUUCUGCACAUUUGCACCAUGGAAAAGCUAGAGAGGAAAGUUUUAACUUAAGAACAAAAACAGCAUUACUUGCUGCUAAUAGUGUUCAUGUCUCUUGUGGAUAUAAUGACACUGGAUAAGGAAUACGCUCACAGCUAACACUGCUAAUUUAAUGUCAAUAUUUAUUUAGAACUGAUACAAGAAUUUCU